AUGGGUGCGGGGCGCGGGCGCGGGCGGGGCGGCGGCGCGGGCGCGCUGCUGCUGCUGCUUCUUCUUCUUCUUCUUCUUCUUCUGGGAGUCGCCCGCGCGCAGGUCGCCUGGACACCCAUUUACGUCGACGGCAACAAUCAAGUAGAUUUGUGGACGCAGGAAGCUCAGGGCUGCCCGUGUAAUUUCGAUCCAGCGCGCGAAGAUUGUGCGUGCUGUGUCCAAGAUGGCGGUUGCCAGUGUGGCAAACACAUGCCAAAUCGGUGCAUCCAAUGCGGUCUGGAACAACAUUGUGGCCGAAUGUGCAACGUGACGUUGGACUCUCGCUUCCUGGCUUCACGCUCGGGCAAGACGUUUGGGCAGAUUCAAAUCCCCGUCACUGGAGGCCCCGCCUCUUCUGCUCGAUUCCGCUUGCAGCCGGACUCCGCAGCGCGUGGAGGUGCAGGUCUACCGCCUGUGAGCGCCGGCCGAUUCAACGCACCACGUGAGCGGGCCUGGGCCGCGUUGGUGAGGCAUGAUUCAAGUCCCCGUCGACUGGAGGGCCCCGGCUCUGCUGGUUCCUGCUCUGGCAGCCGGACGUCGGCCCAGCGCGUGGAGGUGCAGUUUACCGCCUGUGAGCGUCGCCGAUUCAACGCGCAACCAGUGAGCGGGUGGGAGCGUGUGGAUGGUGCUGAGGGCAGAUCAAGUCCCCGUCGUGAGGGCCCGCCUUCUGCUGUUCCUGCUGCAGCGGACGUCGCGCCAGCGCAUAGUUGCGAAGGUGGUUUCUUGCAACUGGUUGGUGAUCCAGAUCUCAUUCCGAGUUCUUCAGAGAUUCAAAUUUGCGGAGGCAACGAACGUUUCACUCCGCCAGUCGUAAUGUUUUCGGACAGAGGGACUGCUUCUCUUUUAUUUUUAAUCAAUGAAAAAACGCACAGAUCGCAGUUUCUUGCAUACUUCAGUUUCACUUCUAUAAGUAGUGCAGGAGAUGUUGCAUUCAGGGUUAGGGGAGGACAUCACGUGAAAGAUACAGAGUGUGAUUGGAUGUUCCAAGAAUAUCUCUGCCGAACACCUGGCUACUGUGUAUUUGCGAGUCCUGGUUACCCAGGCUUGUAUCCUCCAAUGCGACGCUGCAAAUACUACAUAGCAACUAGCUCCAUCCAGACAAUGGUGCACAUAAAUAUUACCUCUCUUCUGCCUUACACACACUGCCGGUCCCACAAUAUCGCCAUUUAUCAAGGAUCAGCCCCGUACAAUAGUUCAUUAUUGAAAACCAUAUGCGGAAGUCGAAACACAGAAAUAACGUACCCAGGUCCCGAACUACUUGUGGAAUUCAGUUCAGGUCCUGCAGUUCCGCCAUAUGAUUACAAUGGAUUUCUGGCUACACUUGAGUUUAUAGAACCUACUACGAGCACAGAACCAUCAACUACACCAAUUCUGAACCCAACAGUGCCAAGAAUUAUGAGUGAUGUGAUGAAAUCUCGAGAAGCAGCGCGAAAAAUUGCUGACGUUUCUCCUACCACCAUCUUACCCCGCAUUACCCGAAUAAAAUGCGAUCAAAUAUUUCUUGGAAAUGUUUCACGUUCGGGUCACUUUGAUACGAAAAAUAAACCUUGGAGUCCUAAUUGCACGAUGAAGUUUAUUGGACGUUCCUCUGAUGUAGUUCAUUUAUCUCUGUUUAGCUAUCAGCUGAGGGCGCCGUCGUGUGAGACGGUGGUGGAGAUUUACGACGGACUCGCCGGGACGGGAAAGCCUCGCCACCAACUAUGCAGCCCUCUGGCGAGAUUCGCGCGCGACCCUGGCGGCAGAUUUCUUGGACAACAAACGUUCAUAUCUUCUGAAAACGUAUUAACACUCGUUCUGAGGCGGCCUGGAUCGCCUUUAACCCUCGGUGAGGAGUUUCUGAAUGGAGCAUUCCUUUUUCAUGAUGAAAAAAUGGACGGCACUUUACGUCCAGAUACGCUCUGCGAUGUAGAUUAUUAUGGCUCCAGCAGCCUUUUAAGAGGGCACAUUACUAACCCGGGGACUCACCAGCUGUACUGGAAUCUCGAAGGAACAUUUCGCUGUUUACAAAGAUUUGUUCCCGCAGUAAACCAAAGUAUCUUGUUCACGGUAAUUUAUGUUACUGCUUUGACUGGUUUAUUUAUGGAUCCAAACUGUCAUACCGUUUGUGGUGAAUCCGGUUGCCAGUGUGUUACAAAAUUAAGUCCUAUCUCACAGAUGGACCAUCUGUCUUUUAUCACUGAUGAGGGCAAAACAGUCUCGUGUAUAUGUGGUGAACUUCAGAGAGAGUGGCUACCCAUUGGACUUAGAAGCUGGUCACCUCUACGUAUUGCGUAUUCUGUGGCAAAUUAUAGUUGGAUGCAGGGGUUUCAGUAUACGGCGGAAUAUUCUUUCAUAACUGAUGGAUUAUGCGGUUAUUCUGUAAUCUCGGACCUUUCAGGAUCAUGCGCAGCAUGGAACAUGACUAUUUACAAAUACGAUGAGAAUACAAUAGACAACUUCGGCGAUGCGUUACAUAUAUUCUGCCCUGAGGAUCACAAACGGAAAAUCGCCUUGCCCUGGAAUUUGAACAUUGUAAUACUCAGGCUUCAGUCGGUAACCAGUGCUUUCCCCGAGUUCACUAUUCGUUGGUUCUCACAAACUGAGUUCAAAAACCCAGGGAUCGCAGAACCAGCUCUUUCUUCGCGCGGAAACCAAGAGAGUCGAUUCUUUCCUGUUAUGGCAAUGUUUUGGAUUGCGGUGUUGAUGUGUACAUAGAACCUUUUCAAAUUUAUAAUCGUAUGUGCCUUGAGAAUUGUAUAUUGUGUUUGCAAAUGAAAAUAUGUUUUGUAAUACGAAUGCGUUUAUUCUAAGUGAAAUAAAUCAAAGGUAUCAUAAUUGGUGAUACAGUAUGAAUAAUAGAAUAAGGGGAUUAUAUGAUAAGUAAUAAAUACAUAUUUUACUAGAAGGGCUAUUACGUGAUUCAGACUCAAUAAUGGAAGUAGAAACCUUGACCUUUUAAUACGCCAAGGAAUUAUUGGCAUGAAUUACACAUAUUAACGUGCCAAUGUGUCGGUGACUUAAAGAAAUAUUCAGUGCGUCUUUAAGAUCCUUUUACUCACUCUAAUGAUUCCUAUUUAUGUGUUCUCUACACUUUACCUACCACUUCUUCGCAUUUUAUCCUUCGAUUUCCUUCAACCCAUUGAUCAGCCCAGUAUCCACACCAACGCUUUUCAGAUCGUGUUUAGUUUUUUCAUAUUAAUUCUUUCCUUUAAAAUCGCCCAAACAAAAGUUUAUUGUCUAUGAAUUUAUCAACGAACAUUCAUUUACUCUAGAAAGGUAUUUUCUUAAGAGAAAUACUAUGUUUUGAUAUUUAAAUCAAAAAUCUACUAACGGUAAACACACGUGACUAAUUUAUCAUUUGCAUCUCGAAAAUCAUUUUACAUAUAAUAUUUCAACAAUCAUAAAUCAUUGCACAUUCAAAAUUUCGUUUCCUGUCCCAUUGUAUAAAAAAGAAAAAAUAAUCGUGUUCAUUCCAUGUGGUAUCUUUUAGAUACAUACAAAAGUGUCCAAAAUAAAUAUUUAGUUGCUAACAAUAGAAUGGAUUUUGACAAAAUCGGAAUAGACAAUUAAUAAAGUACAAUGUGGUCACCCUUUCUUACACAUUUUCUUCUUAUUGAAAUACUCAAGGAAAAUCAACAGUGUUAAAGGAUUAAUAAUUUCAGCAAAGUUAUGAAGGAAAUAACCCUUACAACCCACCGAGAAGUUAUUUUGGAGACUAGCGUUUCGUAUUUAGAAAAUCAUAAUAUCUACUGCAUAUAGUUCUAACACAAACACCCUCGUCGAAAUAUUUUUGUCGAAAAAUGUAAACAAAACCACAUAAAGAAUCUAAAUUAACAUUUAAUAGCUUUAAAAAUAAUUUUGGUCUGAUUUUUAUGAUGAAUUAUUUAAAUAACCAACAUUAUAAUAAACCAAUAUUACUCAUAUUUACCCUAGAAUCAUUUAAUUUAAAUUAAUCCCUUUCAUCGCAGAUGACUAUAAUUACAUUAAAAUAAUACAUUAAAAGUAUUAUAAUAAUUCAGUAAUUAAAUUAAAGAGAUUAGAUAACAAAAGAAUAAAUACGAAAUAAUAAAGUAAAUUUUCUAAUGAAAUAAAUAACUCGAAAUAUAUCUUAAAAGGUAAUAAUUAUAAUUGAUGUUUUUGACAUUUUAAUUGUGUGAUUGAGUUUGUAAGAUUCGAUUAAAAUUAGAUGGUUGACAGUUGAGUGUGGAGAAGGACGGCAUGCAUUCUCUACACGUUACGAUACGGCUUUCACGCUACAAAUUGCCUUGAUAACCCAUUACUCAUCGUAACAAACAGAACACAACCUACCCAAACACGGUAUUCCCAAACAUCUUCGAAUUUUAAAUCUAUUAAUGUAACUUACGAGGAAUGUAAUGACACUUGGCUUGAUUAAAUAUUACAUUCGAGAUGAGUGAUUUAUUUGUUUCAUAAUUUGAGGUAACGGCACUGUAAGACUGCCGAAGUUUGUGAUUCGCAGUUGUUCGGAUUAUGGCAGCAGCAUUGUCACACGACCACGAACUGUCAACCACCUAAAUUUAUUUGGCGCACAUUCCAACGGCUUCCUCGCCUCAAGUAUGUGGACUCUUGGCUAUUUGAAAGACGCACAACCUAAGAGGCAGAGAAUUGAAAACAUAUUGGUUAUGAUAUUGCGACCUUCAGAAGAAAGACAUCGGCGUGUCUCGGACAGCCAAGAAUUCAAUAUUGACUUCAUUGUCGUCUCGUCAGCUAGGCCGAAUGGCCUAAUCUUUACAUGAUCGAGGAUCUGCUCA